AUGGAUAUUGGGCAGCGGCCAACAAAACACUUGAAUAGCAGCAUCAAGAACAACAUGGUGCAGUUUCUACUCAAGCACAGCCAUGAUGGAGUGCUCGCAAGAGGGGCUGUUAUGGAAGCAGCAGAUGCAUUUGAAGUUAGUAGGAAAAUCGUGUACAGGGUAUGGAAGGCAGCCAAGGAGCUGAUGCAAAGGGGAGAACCUGCAAUUAUGCAAGGAAAGAUUAAAGGAUACCAUCAUGCUGAUCAAUUAAAAAUUGAUGAAGAAAAGGUUAGAAACUUAUCUACUCUUGAGAGAGCUUCACUGAGAAAAAUGGCUGUCAAAUUAAAUGUUAGCAAGAGCACAUUAGGUCAGUGGGUAAAGCAUGGUAAACUAAGGCCACAUACAAAUGCAAUCAAACCUGCACUCACCAAUGUCAAUAAGAUAGCAAGGGCCUCAGACAGAUACUACCUCUUGCCGGAUGAGGAUGAGCCAUAUAGGGCAUGCAAAUCCAAGAGAUUCAUAACCAAAGUUAUGUUUAUGUGUGCUGUCAGUAGACCACAUUUUGGUAUGGAUGGGCAGCCAACAUAUGAUGGUAAGGUGGGAAUAUUUCCCUUCACUGAAGUAAUGCCAGCACAGAGGAGAUCAAAGAACAGGCCCAGAGGGACCAUGGAAACCAAGGCAGUCCAUUCAGUAACAAAGGAAGUGAUGAGGGACUGCCUGAUCAACAAGAUUAUACCUGCAAUAAAGGCCAGGCGGCAUGUUUGGGCAAGUAAAGACAUCUACAUUCAGCAAGAUAAUGCAACCCCAUACAUAACAGCCAUGGAUCCAGAGUUUCAAGCUGUUGCCAAUUCAGAUGGAUUUAGAAUCCAACUGAUUUGUCAACCAGCUAAUUCCCCUGACACUAACAUCUUAGACUUGGGUUUUUUUAGAGCAAUUCAGUCACUGCAGUAUGAGAAACCAUGCAAGACUGUGGAUGAACUUGUGGGGAAUGUGUGUAGCUCUUUUGCAGAGCUUUCACCACAAACACUCAACAGAGUAUUCCUAAGUUUGCAGGCUUGCCUCACUGAAAUCCUCAGGUGCAGGGGUGGAAAUGGAUACAAAGUUCCACACAUCAACAAAGAUAGGCUACAAAGAACAGUGGGACUGCCCAAUCAGCUUGAGGUGGAGGAGGAUGUUGUGAGAGAGGUGCUACAAUGGCUACAAAUGCCAGAGAACAAUUAUGGGUCAGUGUAUGAUAUAGGCCACCUGUCAAGUGCAUUUGGCAUCUAA